AUAUCUAGAGCCGCAAACCAACCUCAAAGAACCCUAAAUCGAAAACUCUCAUUUCAUAUUCUUCUUCAUCGAUUUUGCUCUAAUCUCUUGGAUCCUCUAGAGAUCGGUUUGGUUUUGCAGGAACAACAAUCCAAUCAAGAUGCCUCCAAGAACAAGGAACCCUAAAGCACUCAAGGCCUCUCGCGGAGCAGCCACGCCUUCUCACUCCGCGAACGUCCCUUCCUCCUACCCAUGGCCGAACAAGGCUGAGGGUCAACCGAUCAACAUCAAUGACCCACUACUCCUUGACUACAAUUGUGAGGGGUGGGACAAGGAGUCCGCAGCAAGAUACAACAGGCUUCUCGCAGCAGAGAUCCUGCCCACACGAUUUGCUCACGCGGAGACCUUAGCUGCUCUUGGUCUCGAGUCUGAUGUGUUCGAGACGCUCGAUGUCAUGGGCCUCGCUCCUCUCUGCUACCAAGCCCAAGUUCUCUAUCCAGAUUUGGUUCGGCAAUUGCUCGCAACAGCUCAGAUUACUUACCAGAACCCAACUGCGCCAACAUACGAGAACUGCUACUUCUCCUUCAUGGCUGACGGCAAGUUCUGCUCCAUCUCUCUCCACGAUCUAAACGAACUACUCGAGAUCGCAGACACGCCAAGAGAGGUCUCAGUUGACAAAAAGUUCGCGCCAGCAAACGCCUUUUGGGAUCUCAUUGCGACAGGGAAGUUCACUUCUCGCAAGGCUUAUCAGUCACAAAUCCGAAACCCCACUCUGCGUAUCAUUGCCAAGAUCGUCUCGAACAUCCUAUUCGCAAAGGAACACACCUCCAAGGUCACAAACGGAGAGCUGCAGGUUCUAUACACCGGCCUCGAGGAUGAGAUCCGUAGAGACAGAGUCAUACCGAUACAGACUGUGAAAACAAACCCUGGAUUCCUUCUCAUCACGAUGCUCUCUGAGCGCAAGGAUUCCAUGGUCCGAACGGAAGACAAGAAAGAUCGUUGCGGCAGUGUUCUCACACCCUUGUUCAAACGCUUCAACAUCGACCUGGAUUCCUACACGGUUGUUCCUGAGCUUGAGUACAUUGACACCGCCUAUUUGAUCACGUGCCACAUCCUGCGCGACGAAAGCACAUACAAGUUCACAGACAAGGACGGGAUCACUCUCUACUGCAAGCUCCCUCUUCCAGGGUUAACAGAUUUCACAACCUUGGAUAACAUAGUGUUCUUGCCAAACGCAGAACACUUGUGCGUCGACCCCCGAGCGCCAAUUCCAGAUGACAAUGCGGCAGGGGAUGAUGCGGAGGACAUAACUCCCCCUGCUGAUGGUGCUUACGACCUAGAGGACCUCACGGAUGUUACAGAUGACCACGCCUACAGACGUUGGAUGGUGGACUCCCAGAAGAAAAACAACAGCCUCAUGAAGAGGAUCCUCAGAGCACUCACUGGAGGCUGCAUCAGAAGUCAGGAUGAGCAGACGACGCAAGGAACAAGGCGCCCAGGCAAAGAACCAGCGGGCACUUCAGCUAGAGAAGAGAGACUUCCGAGGAACCGGAGAACAGCCGGCCACUCCAGCAGCGGCGAUUCAGACUGAGUCCGAACGGACUAUUCCUAUUCCCUUGUUUUAUCCAUCUGAACUAUUUAUUUCCCUGCUAUUUGUUUUUGGUUUGGUGUGUUUUAGCCUCCUCCGAUUUAUUUUCACAACCAGGGAUGGUGUGAAGUAAGUCUGGGGGAGAAACUCUGUACGAUUUCCAUGUUUUAUUGAGUCAGUCCCUAGGAUCGAGUCAGUCCAGUCAAACUUAUUGUGGUAAUCAGGACCUUAUUUUGUGAUGAUUUCUUAACCACCUCGUGCUUUAACCUUCUUAUUCAGUGACCUUAGCAGUGAUGAAAGACCCACACAUGGACCUGGAACACCCUGACUUAUCUCAUUUGACACUCCAGAAGUUCUCCACCGAUCAGGUUACACUGGGUAGACUCAACUCCACUAUAUCUGAACCUAAUCUGGACUUUAAUUCUUCUUGUUAUGGGUACUAGAUCAGGGAAACGAGACCUAUACUCAGGACUUCUUAUCCUUUUUAUCCAUCUUGCUGUUCCUGAGUAGCUAGCUCAUCUUUAGCUAGUUCCCACCUUGUACCUUAGCCUUCGUUCCAACUUCAGGCAUUUGUUUCUCAGUGUUAUAUGUGCAGAUAUGUGCAAAAAGGUUGGAGAGGAAAGGAUCAACGCAGCCUUUACUCGUUACUGCUGCAGAAAUUCAAUCAGAAAGGAGAACAAGCAGAUCAAGGGACCAACUGCUCCAUGACCAAUGGAUCGUGCAAGUAUAGCAGAAUGAUGCGAAUCAGAUCCACCAGUGGCCUUCUCAAAAUCACAUGCUACCUCCUUCUUCGUCACCUCAUCUCUACUUUCAUGCCAUUUGAAAAAAAAAAAAAAAAAAAAAAAAAAAAAAAAUUUAAUUACCUUUCGUUUUUGGCAUUUGACGAUGGAGAAGGAGAUGAGUUCGAGGGAACAUGAGCCACUGGGAAAGCCAAGAAGGAGUUCAGGCUAAUUUUCGGAGAACAUAGAAGGGGGCAAGCAGAGCAGUCUGAUGACUGUUCCAGAACAGAGAGCAACCGUUCGAAAGAGAGCAAAAAACGAGUAGAGGCUGUGGACAUCAAUGGAUCCGUUCUCUCUUGCCAUUUUGUGCGAUAUCCUGCAUCCUCUAAGAAAUCGGUAACCCCUAAACACUCUCAACUCCACCAUUAAAAAGCUUGUUCCAUACCUAGACCGUCCACCCUGAGUAGCGCCCAUGACAAGAAGCUCACGAAAAUUCUAAUUGAACAAAUGGAGUUUGGUCUCGAAAGUGUCGCUUUUUCAGGUCAAGAUGUAGAGUAAGGAGCCGAUCUGUGAACAGCGAUCAGGGGUUUCCAGUAAGUGUGUGUGGUUCUAAUCUACUGCUUGUAUGGUUCAGAGAUUUGUGGUAAGAGUAUGGUUGCUGAGAAUAAGCGAGUUCCCACACUUUCAAACUUUUCUCCUGUUCUUGAUACUUGCCUUGUUCGAGGACAAACAAGGAUCUAAGUCUGGGGGAAUUGAUAUAUGGUGUUUUUCACAUCAUUGUAUAGGUGUUUUUGUAUUGAUUCGAGUCCAUAAUCCGAGUCAGUCUAGUCCUUUUUGAUCUUUUACAGGUCUGGAGUUGGUAGAAGAAUGAAGAGAGCAUGUUUGAAGAGAAGCUGUCCUUUUGGAGCAUUUUGCGGAGAACACUCAAGACGAACAGUCCCGAGACUGUUCUCAAGCAGAACAAGCAGACGGAGUGAUCCCGAGGUUGUUUCCGACAAAUAAGGAAGCUUUUAUUUUCGGGAAUUAAGGCCUUGUUGCCCUAAUUUCUUUUCUACCUAUUGGCGCCUCCAUAUAAAGACGCCAUCUAUCCUAUUUUAUGAUUUACGCUAGUUUUUACAAGAGAACUAUUAGCUUUUGCGAUCUGCAACUUGUAAGGGAGAAGAAUCCAUUCUCUCAUAGAGAAGACCUUCUGAACCCUUGUUUACUACUCUAUUUAUUAUGCAAUUUCAUUCAGUAGCUAUGUGUUUGAUUGCUUGCAUCAUGAUUGAGUAGUGAUCCAGCUCGCCUAGGGUUUUUAGGGUGUUGAAAUAUGAGCUAAACAUAGAUAAGCUAUUCUUGAUUAUUCUUCAUCCAUACUAUUCUUAAGGCUUCCAUUAAUCUGAUCAUUUGAUGUUAGAUCCUAAGUUUAUCACCUAGCUAGCCGCUUAGGAGAUAGCUUGACAUGUAUUGAAUGAGCUUAGUAUCCCUAAUCAGCGAAAGUAGAUAUUAGGGUAGUAAGUGAACUGAUCGGACCUGACCUCUAAGGCUUGCAGUCGUUUCUCAUCUCAACGACAGUUAGAUGAUGGGAUCGACCAGCAAAGAGAUCACCACCACGACAGUGGGGUGUUCCAGCUGAGUGAUCCGAGUUCUAGAAAGCACUGCACCGCGCUUGAAUAAUUGUUUGGCUCUCGCUCAGCACCCAAUGAAAUACCCUAGGCUAGCCGCUUGUUAAAUUGAAUCAAUCUCUAGUUUACUUGUUUUCCGCGUCACCAAUUGAAUUAAAAACCAUUUUCUUCUUAGCUUGAUAUUGAAAUUUAUAAGAGUAAAGUGUAGACUGGUCCUCUGGAUUGAAUCUAAAGUACUAUAAUCACAACUGUUAACUUGGCAGUAGCAAGGAUUCAUAUUUAGUGUAUCAACUCGUAAGAGUUAAUUUAUAUGUUUGUAAUCUGAUUUGUACUAUGUAUAAUGAUGUUUGAUCUUAAUUUGUAUAUUUUAUUAUUUUUAUUAUUUUUAUUAUAGAUUAUGUUUAUUUUAAUAUUAAAAAUGAAUGGAUUCUAAUUUUGUGGUUAUACGUUUUUUUCAAUGAAUUUAUUUUCCAAUGAGCGAAUAUUAUACAUACAACUAUUUUGGUCUAAAUACUUCAAAUUAAAAUUAUAAUACAAAGUUUAUAAUUAUAUAUGUAAUUCAGAACAUAAAGUUACAAUUAAAUACAUUGCUAAUAUUUAUUUGUUGUUUAUUUUGUAAGUUGUAAAAUUACGACCACUUCCGCUUUUACUUUUUUUUUUUUUAAGAAGCUUGUUUCCUAUAUGCUAUGUAAUUCACUUAUGACUACUUUUUUAAAAAAAAAUAUUUGAUAUGGUUUUAUUUAAAUUAUGAGAAAUUUGUAUCUUAAACAUGUGUUGAUUUUGUCCAAUUUUUUUAAAAUGUGAAUAUAUUUGAUAUGCUUUUGUAAGUUUACUCUUAGUUAUUUCUGACUGUGUGUGAUGUUUAUCUGUGGAUUUUUUGCUAUGUUUAUUGGUGGAUUUUCAUUUUGUGUUUGUAUUUAUGUGUAACGUGAUGUUUAUACGUUGUUAGUUCAUUAUGAUAUAUAUAUAUAUAUAUAUAUAUAUAGCUUUAUUAUGGGUUCGAAGAUUCAUAUUUCAUUGAACGCCUGCCUGUUUAUAACAAUUGGUUGUUAAAAUGUUAGGUUGUCAUAUGUAUCCUAACUUCGAAGAUGAUAUAAAUAGUGAAAGUGGUUGCUUAAACUAUUAUUUUGGAGCUGGAAUGGAUAUUAAGGUACACAUCUCUUUUAAUUUCCAUUUGGGUUUUAUGCAAUUUCAAUUGUAUUGUUGAUUCUUAUAUAUAGUCUUCUGAAUUUAUGCUCAGACUUCAAAAUUUUUUCUUUCUUGUAACAAAGAUUUAUGGAAUUUAUUUUUUCCAUGAAAAAA